UCUACAUAAAGGAGAGACUUUAUUGAUCCAUCAGAAGCAACCAAUGUGUUUUUCCAAGAACUGAAGGAAGAGAUAACGGGAUAAAUAAUCUUGAGGACAAGCAAGGACUUUUUUUAACAGAUUUUUUAUUAUUAUACUCCCAAAGGGCAUUUUUUUAACUUAAGGAGUCUUUUGAGAUUUCAAGAUGAUGCUGUGUGGCAUCUUUCUGCUGUUUAUGCUGUGGAGUUGUGAAGGCGCAAGAUUGCCAGAGGGUGGGGAUGACAACAGUGUAUAUGACUUAUUUGAGCUUGUCCGGGUAAACAAGAGACACCACGGGGUGACCUCGGUGAAAGGCAUAGAACCGUACAGCCCUGCCUACAAGAUCCUGAACCCAGACCUGAUCCCCCCCGUCCCCGAAAACUACUUCAGGGACCUCAUCGACUCCAUCCAGGCUGAGAGGGGGUUCCUCCUCCUGGCCAAUCUGAAGCAGUUCAAGAGAACCAGAGGCAGCAUUUUGACUAUUGAGAAGAUUGACGGAUCCGGACCCAUUUUCGAGAUCAUCUCCAACGGCAAGGCGAACACUCUGGAUGUGGUCUACUACACCAUGAACAAGCAGCAGGUUGUGUCCAUAGAAGACGCGGGUUUGGCCACCGGGCACUGGAAGAACAUCACGCUGUUCCUGCAGGAGGACCGGGCGCAACUUUUUGUCGGCUGCGAGGAGAUAAAUGUGUCAGAGAUGGAUGUGCCAAUCCAGAAACUGCUGUCCCAGGAGGUGGCAGACAUUGCCCGCCUCAGGAUCGGAAAGGGAGCUGUGGAGGACAAAUUUAUGGGAGUGCUUCAGAAUGUGCGGUUUGUCUUUGGGACCACUCUGGACGCCAUACUGAGAAACAAGGGAUGCCAAAGUGGAGCUACCUUGACUGAUGUCAUGACCCUGGACAACCCAGUCAACGGCUCCAGUCCUGCCAUUAGGACUGAUUACGUCGGCCACAAAGCCAAAGAUCUGCAGUCUGUCUGUGGCUUCUCCUGCGAGGACAUCGCCAGCAUGUUUAAAGAACUCAAGGGACUCGGCGUGGUUGUUAAACAGCUGUCGAAUAAGCUCCAUAGAGUGUCUGAGGAGAGCACGCUGCUAAUGAACCAAAUGAAGAGGCACAGUGGAGUUUGCCUCCAUAAUGGCAUUGUGCACCAGGACACAGAAGAGUGGACUGUGGACGGCUGCACUGAAUGCACCUGCCAGAAUUCAGCUACUAUCUGCCGCAAAAUCUCCUGCCCUCUGAUCCCCUGUGCUAAUGCCACUGUGCCCGAUGGAGAGUGCUGCCCUCGCUGUGGAACCCCCAGCGACUAUGCAGAGGAUGGUUGGUCCCCUUGGUCUGAAUGGACCCCGUGUUCAGUGACUUGUGGACGGGGUAUCCAGCAGCGUGGACGCUCUUGCGAUCGCAUCAACAGCAACUGUGAGGGCACCUCUGUCCAGACACGUGACUGUUAUCCCCAGGAAUGUGAUAAACGCUUCAAACAGGAUGGUGGUUGGAGCCAUUGGUCUCCCUGGUCCUCGUGCUCUGUAACCUGUGGUGAGGGUGUCAUUACCCGUAUCCGCCUCUGUAACUCCCCCACACCCCAGAUGGGUGGCAGAGACUGCCAGGGACAAGGACGCCAGACCGAAGUCUGCAAAAAGAAACCUUGUCCUAUUGAUGGAGGCUGGGGACCCUGGUCACUGUGGGACACCUGCUCCGUUACAUGUGGUGGAGGACUCCAGAGCCGAAAACGUCUCUGUACUGACCCUGCCCCCAAAUAUGGAGGAAAAGACUGUGUUGGUGAUGCCACUAUGUCACAAGUGUGCAAUAACCAAGAUUGCCCUGUUGAUGGCUGUCUAUCCAAUCCAUGCUUCCCUGGCACCAAAUGCACCAGUUCUCCUGAUGGCUCCUACAAGUGUGGCAAGUGCCCACUUGGCUACACUGGGAAUGGCAUUACCUGCAAGGACAUUGAUGAGUGUAAAGAGGUCCCCGAUGCCUGCCACUCACAUAACGGGGUCCAUCGCUGUGAGAACACUGAGCCAGGUUAUAACUGUCUGCCUUGUCCCUCACGCUACUCUGGUCCUCAGCCCUUUGGAAGAGGAGUGGAGCAAGCCACCGCUAAAAAACAGGUUUGCACACCCCGUAAUCCUUGUGUGGACGGUAGCCAUGACUGCAACAAAAAUGCCAACUGCAUUUACCUGGGCGUCUUCUCUGACUCCAUGUUCCGCUGUGAGUGCAAGCCAGGAUAUGCAGGAAAUGGCUACAUCUGUGGAGAGGACCCUGACUUGGAUGGAUGGCCCAACACUGACUUGCUGUGUGUGGAGAAUGCCACUUACCACUGCAAGAAGGAUAACUGUCCCAACAUUCCCAACUCUGGCCAGGAAGAUCAUGACAAAGAUGGCCUUGGCGAUGAAUGUGACCACGAUGAUGACAAUGAUGGGAUCCCUGAUGAUAGGGACAACUGCCCAAGAGUGUACAACCCAGCUCAGUAUGAUGCAGACAGAGAUGAUGUUGGUGACCGCUGUGACAACUGUGUGUUUGAGGCCAACACUGAUCAAACUGACACAGACAAUAAUGGGGAGGGUGAUGCCUGUGCUAUUGACAUCGACGGUGAUGGCAUUCUGAACGAGAAAGAUAACUGCCCAUACGUUUACAACGUUGACCAGAGAGACACUGAUGGGGAUGGGGUGGGAGACCAUUGUGAUAACUGCCCUCUGGAGCAUAACCCUGAUCAGAUCGACUCUGAUUCAGACCUCGUGGGAGACAAGUGUGACAACAACCAGGACAUUGAUGAGGAUGGUCACCAGAACAACUUGGACAACUGCCCCUACAUUCCCAAUGCCAACCAGGCGGACCAUGACAAAGAUGGCAAGGGUGACGCUUGCGACCAUGAUGAUGACAAUGAUGGCAUUCCUGAUGACAAAGACAACUGCAGACUGGCCUUUAACCCUGAUCAACUGGACUCUGAUGGUGAUGGACGUGGUGAUGUGUGUAAAGAUGACUUUGACCAAGACAAUGUGCUGGACAUCUAUGACGUGUGCCCGGAGAACUUCGCUAUAAGUGAAACAGACUUCCGCAGGUUCCAGAUGGUUCCUUUGGAUCCCAAGGGCACAUCCCAGAUUGACCCCAACUGGGUUGUCCGCCAUCAGGGCAAGGAAUUGGUGCAGACUGUCAACUGUGACCCUGGCAUUGCAGUUGGUUACGAUGAGUUCAACGCAGUGGAUUUCAGCGGAACUUUCUUCAUCAAUACGGACAGAGAUGAUGAUUAUGCCGGAUUUGUGUUUGGCUACCAGUCCAGUUCCCGUUUCUACACAGUGAUGUGGAAACAGAUUACACAGACUUAUUGGUCGCAUACACCUACAAGAGCUCAAGGCUACUCUGGCCUGUCAAUCAAAGUGGUUAACUCCACCACUGGACCUGGUGAGCACCUGAGGAAUGCCCUCUGGCACACUGGAGACACCCCAGGACAGGUGCGCACUCUCUGGCACGACCCCAAGAACAUCGGCUGGAAGGACUUCACUGCCUACAGAUGGCAUCUUGUCCACAGACCCAAGACUGGACUUAUUAGAGUGAUAAUGUAUGAAGGCAAGAGAAUCAUGGCAGAUUCUGGAAACAUCUAUGACAAGACAUAUGCUGGUGGACGACUAGGCCUGUACGUCUUCUCUCAGGAGAUGGUUUACUUCUCAGACCUCAAAUACGAGUGCAGAGAUACAUAAAUGGAUCACGAAGAGCCCUCCAGAAGAAUGUACCCAUCUGUUUCAGUAUGAAUAUAUAGCACGACACUUGGGACAAUAUCUUUUUAACUCUAUCCUUUGAGAAAUGCACAUUGGUGGAAUGGAGAGCAAAUGAGUUGAUAUGAGGCAUACCAACCUCAGGACUUCAACCAAAUGAAAGUUCUAUGAUGAUUCUGCACCACUGCACCAAACACAGGUUGUGAGCAUUACACUGCUCAGAAGAAAGUGGCCUUCCCACUUUGUUGCUCUGAUCAACACUGAAGGAGGGCCACAGUUUCCUAUGCACUCCUGAACUGUAGACGUUUGGUGGUAUUCCUCUCCGGAUGGAGUCCAAAGGGAAGAGUUGUCUUUUUAAUUUUUUUUUUUUUUUUUUUUUUUUUUUUUUGUUUUUGAGCGUUGUUUCAGAUCUGCUGUGGACUCAAAGACACUUGUUUCAAUAUGAAGAAAGCAAUAGGAGACUUGGUUAGGCUGGGGAAAUAACACCCCUUGAAGGAACUGUUGAGGGACCAUGGACAGUAUGGACUGACUGUUACUAUCAAAGAGACUGAAUGUUGUGUGUGCAUGCAUGUGUGUUUUCCAACUGGAGUAUAGCAAUGGAGACAACCAAGUCAAAAUUUUCUUUGAUUUUCUUUUGAUUUCUUUUGAUCACCCCUUAACCCACAGUCGUGCAGACCUGUAUUUACAAGGUCUUCAGGCUCAGGGCUGGCCCACAAGAGUAUAACUAGUCUUCUCAGGAACACUAGAAACAAGAAAAAAGCACAAAAUUCAGGAUAGCACAGGGCGCAGAAGCAGGCUUGCACUGCUUUAGAGUGUCAAUGGGACGUAAAGAAACAGGGCCAGUCUUUUUCCAGUCUUGAGUGGGCCAUGGUAAAUAUGGCUGUACAUAGGUUCUUAUUUAUUUAGUCAUCAGAGAAUACUUAUAAUGAGGCUUUCAUUUUUAAUCAUCUCUGCAUCUUGCCAUCCUAAAAGUUAUCAGCAACCCGUUCCAAAUAACUGGAAUCUUGAAUACCUUAUGAAAUUCCCUCAUGGCAAGGUAUAGCAUUACAUUUGACCAAAACCUCCUAGAAAAGCAAAAGGUAGGCAUCACUUUUCUCUAAAUAUGAUUCUUCAUCUGCACAGUAUGCAUGACAAGUGUGCCUGAGCAUGUGUGUACAUUUCUGACAAGGGAAAAUCAAAGGAAACCCUUCAUGUACAAAUAUUACCUCAUUGUUAUUUUAUUUUUGUAUUGAGGCCAGCAAACCACAAGAAUAUCUUUUCCUAGCGACAGAGUAUAAAUUGGUUGGCUUCUUUUUUUUUUUUUCAGCAAGACUUUAGUACAAUCAUUUAUAUGCUGUAUACAAGAUAUUUUUGUAGCAAAAAAGGCCCCAACACGAACAUAAUGGUAAAAGAAAUGUUUUCUUGAAUAUGUUGUGCUAUAUGUAUGUCCUGUGCAUUUUUGAUAAAUUAUUGUUUGUUUUAUGUUAAUUCAUUUGUGUAGAUAUAUGCUAUUUAAAUAAUUUAUCAAGAAACGUGGCCUCAUACGGAAGCGUUUCUGUCUGUAUAAACUCAUUUGCACACUGACACGAGGAUGUCUGUUGUUUUGGUUUUGUAUUUCUGUCUUUUUUUUAUUAUUAGUGAAGCUUUUCUAUAAACAUUUGUACCAUAGUUUCUACCCACAAAAUGCUGUUUAUACUCCUACCAGUUAUUUUGU